AUGUUAGACUUAGAAGAACAUGCUAUUGAUGAUGAUUUGACAUUUGAUAUCGAGAUUCUGAAGGGGAAAAAGCUCUCCUUAAAGGAACUAUGUGAAGAUAGUUCUUCAACCAAUGUUACAAUGGAAAACGUAACACAGUAUGUGGAUCUUUAUCUCAAGCAUAGGUUUCUGAACACUAUUUCCAAAAAGCAUCUUUUUGCAAAAGGGUUCAGUGAUAUGCUUCUUGGUUCCGCACUUCAUACAUCAUUCUUUCAAGUUUGCAAGUAUUUUCUAGACGCGGUGGAGAAGAAACAGUAUGGGUGGUUUUGGGCUUGCCCCAACGGUGGCAAAGAGUGUCAUUACAGACACGCUCUUCCUCCUGGUUAUAUCCUUAAAUCUCAAAUGAAGGCCCUUUUGGAAGAGGAGUCACAGAAGAUGCCAGUUGAAGAAGAAAUCGAAAACGAGCAUGCGAAACUGAAAACGGCGACGCAAAUGACACCUGCGCUAUUUAUGGAGUGGAAGAAGAAGAAGAUAGCUGAGAGUAGGGAGAGUAUGCAUGCUGCCUUGUGA